CCCGGGCGGCUCCGGCUCCCUCUGCGGGCCCAACCCGCCCGCCCGGCUUCCAUCCGGCUCCGGCGGCGGCUGCUUCCCGCCCUCGUCUAUGGUGGCGACGGCGGGGGACGCGGCUGCGGCGUGGCCAUGAACAGUGGCGGCGGCCUUCCGCCCCCCUCGGCCGCUGCCUCCCCAUCGUCCUCCUCGCUGGCGGCGGCCGUGGCGGUCGCGGUCGCGGCCUCGUCGGGCGUCGGGGGCGUCCCCGGCGGGCCGGCUGCGGGUGUGAAGCUCAAGUACUGCCGCUACUACGCCAAGGACAAGACGUGCUUCUACGGAGAGGAGUGUCAGUUCCUGCACGAGGACCCGGCCUCCGGCGCGGCCCCGGGGCUCGGCCUCCAUAGCAACAGCGUCCCGCUGGCUCUGGCGGCCGCGUCGGGGGCCGGCUUUCCUCCUGGAGCGCUCCCGGGCGGGGGAGCGGGGCCGCCCGCGGGGCCCAAGAAGCCGGAGCUGGGCGUCCCGGGGGCCGCGACAGCGGGCGGCGGACUCGAUGGACCGCGGGUGGCGAUUCCUGGAAUGGAUGGAGGUGCUUUAACUGACACAAGUCUCACAGAUUCCUAUUUCAGCACCAGCUUUAUUGGAGUCAAUGGAUUUGGAAGCCCUGUAGAAACAAAGUAUCCCUUAAUGCAGAGAAUGACUAGUAGUAGCAGCUCCCCAAGCCUUCUAAAUGACAGUGCCAAGCCAUACACAGGCCACGAUCCUCUGACUUCAUCUGCUUCAUCCUUGUUUAAUGACUUCGGUGCCCUCAGCAUCUCCCAGAGAAGGAAGCCAAGGAAGUAUCGCCUGGGGAUGCUGGAGGAGAGGCUAGUUCCGAUGGGAUCAAAGGCACGAAAAGCAAAGAACCCUAUUGGCUGCCUUGCUGACAGGUGUAAAUCAGGAGUACCCAUCAAUAUGGUUUGGUGGAACAGAAUCACAGAAAACAAUUUACAGACACCAAAUCCUACUGCAAGCGAAUUUAUACCUAAAGGAGGAUCAACCUCCAGGCUGAGUAACGUGUCCCAGUCAAAUAUGUCUGCCUUCUCUCAAGUUUUCUCUCACCCAUCCAUGGGAAGUCCUGCUACUGCUGGAUUAGCACCAGGAAUGUCACUGUCUGCUGGAUCUUCCCCUCUCCAUUCCCCCAAAAUUACUCCACACACAUCUCCUGCUCCCAGAAGAAGAAGCCACACUCCAAACCCAGCGAGUUUCAUGGUGCCGCCUAGUGCCUCCACUCCUGCCAAUAACCCUGUUCCUCAGACUGCGUCCUCUGGUCAGGUGAUCCAGAAGGAGACUGUCGGGGGGACGACUUACUUCUAUACAGACACAACUCCAGCACCUUUGACUGGAAUGGUAUUUCCAAACUAUCAUAUUUAUCCUCCAACUGCACCUCAUGUUGCUUAUAUGCAACCAAAAGCAAAUGCACCUUCCUUCUUUAUGGCUGACGAGCUCCGACAGGAGCUGAUCAACAGACAUUUAAUAACAAUGGCUCAAAUUGAUCAAGCAGAUAUGCCAGCAGUCCCCACAGAAGUUGACAGCUACCAUAGCCUGUUCCCUCUAGAACCACUGCCACCCCCCAACCGGAUACAGAAAUCAAGUAAUUUUGGAUAUAUCACAUCUUGCUACAAAGCUGUAAAUAGCAAAGAUGAUCUGCCAUAUUGCCUUCGGAGGAUACAUGGUUUUCGUCUUGUUAACACAAAGUGCAUGGUGUUGGUUGAUAUGUGGAAAAAAAUUCAGCAUUCAAAUAUUGUAACUCUCCGUGAAGUGUUUACCACUAAAGCAUUUGCCGAGCCCUCUCUUGUGUUCGCGUAUGAUUUCCAUGCUGGAGGAGAAACUAUGAUGAGCAGACACUUUAAUGACCCAAAUUCUGAUGCCUACUUCACAAAGAGAAAGUGGGGCCAGCAUGACGGACCACUGCCCAGGCAGCAUGCUGGAUUGUUACCAGAGUCUCUCAUCUGGGCAUAUAUCGUCCAGCUGAGUUCUGCUCUGCGUACCAUUCACACAGCAGGUUUAGCAUGUAGAGUAAUGGACCCAACGAAGAUUCUGAUAACCAGCAAAACAAGGUUACGAGUAAAUUGUGUAGGAGUUUUUGAUGUUUUAACAUUUGAUAACAGUCAAAAUAAUAAUCCUUUGGCGUUAAUGGCUCAGUACCAGCAAGCAGAUCUGAUAUCAUUAGGAAAAGUUGUGUUGGCUUUGGCUUGCAACUCUUUGGCAGGAAUUCAGCGAGAAAAUUUACAGAAAGCCAUGGAAUUGGUGACAAUCAACUACUCCUCUGACCUGAAGAACCUCAUCUUGUACUUGUUGACUGACCAAAACAGGAUGCGGAGUGUGAAUGACAUCAUGCCCAUGAUUGGCGCUCGGUUUUACACUCAAUUGGAUGCUGCUCAGAUGAGAAAUGAUGUUAUCGAGGAAGACCUUGCUAAGGAGGUUCAAAACGGAAGACUGUUUAGGCUUCUAGCAAAAUUGGGAACAAUCAACGAGAGGCCGGAGUUCCAGAAGGAUCCCACCUGGUCAGAGACUGGAGACCGGUAUCUGCUGAAACUCUUUCGGGAUCAUCUUUUUCAUCAAGUGACAGAAGCAGGUGCUCCCUGGAUUGACCUCAGUCACAUCAUUUCUUGUCUUAACAAGCUAGAUGCUGGUGUGCCAGAAAAAAUAAGCCUGAUUUCCAGGGACGAGAAGAGUGUGCUGGUGGUGACAUACAGUGACCUAAAACGCUGCUUUGAAAAUACCUUUCAAGAACUGAUUGCGGCUGCAAAUGGUCAGUUGUAGUAUUUGCUAAAAAUGUUGACAGGGCAUGGUGACGGCCGAGCCUAUAGCCAGUUUGCACCACGGCUGAACUGUCCUCUGUCUCCUGCCGCAGGGGAGUGAGCAGGAAGGAGUGAAGCCGCUCGCUCCCUCACUGGCUCGCCCUGGGGUCAGGUGCACUGUUACUUGAGAGAAAGAAUGUCUCAUUUUGUAUGCAUUCUGGCUGCCACAGGCCUCCGAAGAAUUUAUUCAGACUAAGGUCACCUUUCUUGAAUGAUGCUCCUGCUUCAGGUUUUCCACUUGUGUAUGCACUAAUUUUAAUUUUUUAAAGACUUUUUUUUUCUGAUCUUUGACCUCUUGCCACAUUGUGUACUUACUAAAGGAACUAUUUGCAAGGACAUUGGGAAACAAAAAGGGGGCAGCUGUUUGCCACUGAGAGAUGCAGAAUUUGCUCUUGGGGGAUGGGCCAGGUCAGUAGUUCAUAGAAAUGCCAUGCAGGGCAUAGUCCUUACAAGUAUUGUAUGUAGACUCCAUAUGCCACCCACUGUUAGCUCAAAUUGAGGCUUGUAUUGUGUUUAAGAACAGGCAAAGAGAAGUGUCGUUGAGUUGUCAGAUAUGAACUCCAUAUGCCACCCACUGUUAGCUCAAAUUGAGGCUUGUAUUGUGUUUAAGAACAGGCAAAGAGAAGUGUCGUUGAGUUGUCAGAUAUGAUUUCCCCUAUUUGUUGAUUUAAAUCCUUUUCCAGGUAACGAUCGGAACAGUAACUGACGGAGCAGGCACUGCUCUUCUCCAGGUUCAUCCAGAGGCUUCUUCAGAGAGGCGUCUGUCUGCCUGCCAGUCAGACACACUUAUAUGACGUAAUUCUUAAUAGCAAAAUGAAAUCCUGCUGAAGGCCUAAAAGUUGAGGAGUUAUAUUACUUUAGGGUCUUUCCAGCUUGCUUUUUUUUUGUCUUUGAACGUCAGCUUUAUAAUGGUACUUUACACUGGAUACAGACUCAGACACUGUCAGCAGGUGGGCUGAGCGCAGCAGUGGCCUGAUGCUUUGCGGCCUGGCUCUGGAGGACACUUUCCUGCUGUGCCUUUGCACUCACCGCUUAACCCAAAGUAACAGGACUUUUGAUAAAACUCACCCUGUAGGGCCGGUCGUCUGAGGAGGCCAUCUCAAAAGCUGCAGUUUUCCUCCUUGGAACUUUCUUACUAUUUGGACGUGCAGUUGUCGCCAAACUCAAGUAUUUGUAGGAUUUGUGGUCACUUCGAUACUGAAGACUGCCAAAUACAUUGGGAUUUUCUGUUAAACAGCUGCCAUGAAGACGUCAUCUCCUUCCCAGUGCCAAGUGCUCAGCAUGCACUGGGUGUGCACCCCAUAACUGGGAAGAAAAUGUGGGGAUUCGGAGGGUCAGGACAGACUCCAAGCACUUGCAACUGAUGUUACUGUCUUCAUUUUUAACAAGUAUGCGUAUUUGUAUAUUUCAGAGAAGUUUUUAACAUUUCUCUGUCCACUUUUUAUAAGCUUUAAAAUGAUUUUUCUCUGCCUUGAAAUUUGCAUCAAGAAAAAGCACCUCUCUUCACUGAAAGCUUUGAGGACUAGAGACACACUUCACACGUCUAAUAAGCACGUCUGCAUCCACGAGUGGUAGCAUCAGUUGUUAACGAGAGAAUCAAUUAUUGCAUUUGAUCUGGAUGGAUUUUAAAAGAACAUAAUGUUCAAUAUUCAAAGGAUAAUGAACAUUUGCCACCAUGAUGUUCCUUUUAUUUAAAGGGAGCAAGAACUUUCAGUGUAACACGCAAAAGUCUUUAUCAUUAGCUCAUGUAUUUGAGGAAGAGCAGCUGUCUUUUUAUAUGUUUUUUGACAAAUCAUAUUGUAAUUCUUUUGUACAAAAAAGAACUACUUGUAUUCUAGAAGAAAUAUGAAAUGCUUAAUUUAUAAGCGGGCUGGAGAUUUUUUUCCAAUAUUGUUUUCUUUGAAAAUGAAAGGGGAUCAUCUAUUUUAGUUUUGGGGGCCUGGGAACUUUUUGAAAAUUUUCAUUUGUGGACCAAUGUUAUGUGAAUGCUAAAGAAGGGCAGGGGUAAAAUAGGGCUUGAAUCUCUCGUUCUGCAUAGACCAGCAAACUGCCCUCUGCAAGGCAGGUUCAUAUCACAAACCCCAGAGUGUCUGCAUCAGCAAUGCUAGUUUGCUUCAGCCCCUAGUAACCUCAGGACUUGGUUUGGGUAUAAAAGGUAGUCAGCUGAAAGUUUUCAUAAGUAAAUAUUGUCAGCCAGAAAACAGGUGGUGUCAGGUGAUGCAUAUUUUUUAGCUUUGUUUUAUAUUUAUUUUUCAUUUCAUUUUCAUUGGGAAUGGUUUUCAAAAGAACUCUUGAGUUCUGCUUUGAUGGGUUUCUUUCAUUUUUUUCCCUGUUUUUUGUUUUUGUUUUUCUUUUUUUUCUGGGAGCCCUCUUUUCCACAGUGUAGACCCAAAUAGGUUGUCUGAAAGUUACUAUUUAGUGCAUAGGAAGAGUUUAAUAUCUGAUCAAAUGAAGGAUGUGAACUCACCAUAACUUCCUGUUAUGACAGACACAACACGGAAAGGAGAACCCUUGAAAUCAUGUCGCGUUGCUCACUUCAGCUGUGUGCCCAUCUCCAAUCCUGCCAGUGUAAUUACUUCACGGCAGAUACCUUUGAGGGUGCCCCUGUAUUCUGCUUUGACCUUGGUUCUGUCAUUUGGAUAGCAACAUGUCUCUAAAUUUUUGUCUCUAAAAAGCACCAGUAUGUUUAAGUUCUAAUGUCACAAUCCCAGUACCUGUUGGUCAUCUUUAACCCUGUUUUCAGUCUCUAUGUGUAUAGCAGUAUUUUUUAAUAAAGAAUUGCAGAGAUAAA